GUUCUAUCACAGCCUUUCACAGACUACUCCAUCAAUUAUUUACCUUGCAUUUGGCCACAAAGAGCAGGAGAAAUGGCAUAGCCUGAAUGUAAAAAAGAAAGGUCAGCACAUCUGCGAAGGGAUACGGAGCCAUCCGCAAUGUCACACAUGCAAGUUUGUCUCUCUGCGCUCGAGAGAUUCAAGCCCUGCCAUGAACCUGGCAGAACCAUAUGUCAAAUCAAUAUUCGAUGGCACUGCCUCAGACUGAGAAUGGUGAAAGCAUUGUGGGUGUUAUUUGAUGGGUUUUUUUUUCUUUCUCCCAGUAUAAAAUACUGUAGCUGAAAGGUCAGAUGCAUUGGGUGGGGCUUGUCUUCAUGAAUUCUGCUUUGGAGGGAUGUAGAUAGUGUGGUAGUCAUGUAGUGCUGUCAUGUCUGUUAAGGCGCUGACGUAAUGUUAAUCACGGUCUUAUUUCUGCUAUUGGCAACUCAGAGAUGGAAACCUAUAGGAACUCUGCGCUUACUCUCAUUCUGACACUAUUGUAUUUCUUUAGUAGAAGUCCAUCUUUACAUAUUUGUCAUCCUUGCCAUAUGUCAUUAAUCUAUUAUCUCAUUAAUGUCAUUAAUCUAUAAUCGAAUGGGGCAGCUGUGGCUCAGCUGGUUGAGCGGGUUGUCCACUAAUCCACUAAUCGUAGGCUGGCCCACAUGACUCCACAUGCCGGAGUGUCCUUGGGCAAGACACUGAACCCCAAGUUGCUCCCGAUGGCAAGUUAGCGCCUUGCAUGGCAGCUCUGCUACCAUUGAUGUCCCUGCUAUCCAGUUGUCCAGAUGGGGUGCAGAUGCUGUAGCAUGCUAAAAAGUUACAUCUAUGACCCUACAGACCCUGUGGAUGUCAAUGACCUGAAGCAAGAUCCUUCCACGAAUUCCUUAGUCUCUUCCUACCAAUGUCACAGUCGGGCAGAUGAUGGGAAAAAACAAGGCUUUCACAAUUUGGGCUACACCAGCAACAGCAACCUUAGCAAAUCCGACAUCGAAAACAAUCACAUAAACCAGGCUAGGUCGAACCUUCCCCAGACAACAGGGGGCAAAUCUAGUCUCUAUAUUUUGCAACCAGAUGGAGGGGUCUCACCAACCCUUCCUAGUACUCCGCCCUUAUGCCCCGUUUCACCAUUGGGCACAGAACCUGGGAAACAAACAGAAAGGUUCCGGGACUCGGGCCUAGGAAAUGGCUGCUUGUGCAAAACAGACCAGGAAGAGGAAGGAAGACAGAGAGCAGGGGACACGGCAGACGAGGAGAGUGUCAUAUCUGUGGACAUCCAUACCAGCAGCACCAGCCUCUCCUCAACCGAGACCAAGCUUGUGAUAGACGAAGAUUCGUCAUUCUCCCGGAAAGCAGGAUCGAAGGAAAAAGACACCGAGGACACUGUGAGUGUCACAGACUCUAUGGUGGCAGAAGCACUCGCUGCCUUGGAGGCAGCCACUGCAGGGGAGGAUUACGAGUAAGAACUGGAGCUCCCCACCUGUCAUGACGCCUGGACCUGACCUGAAAGUGCACCAAAUAUGGCCAAAAAAAUAUAUUUUUUUCCUUAUAUACGUUUCAUUUGCAAAGUCUUCAUGAAGGAUUUUUUAAAAAAAUGAACUUUUAAACAGAUUCUAUUUGUUUACAGGUCAUACUGUAUAUAAACAGAAUAUAUAAUAUAUUUGAUAUGUUCUGCCAAGCAUAUUGGUAGCAUGGAGUGUAUGGGCUGUUACUUUCUGAACCUUUCUCAGUGCCUUUUAUAGUCUACGCAAGUCUGUGAUGAGCAUUUCAUUAUUUUGUUUCGUUGACCAUAUACAAUAUUCCCCCUAACUUCAUGAUGAUAAUAUAAGCUGGGGAGGGCAGACACACAGUUGGAGCAAGUGACCAAUGGGUCAUAGAAAAAGGACACUGUUGGUCUUCCUUCCCAAAAUGUGAACACUUUUCAGUGGAACCGGGAUUUUGAGCAGGUGCACCCUCAUGGGGAGAGCUUUAUUCUUGAAAUUUAAACUGAUAAACCCCAACACUGUAAACAUGUCCACGUUGUCUUAUUUUGGUCUUAAUUGAUCAGUUUAUAAUUUUUUUUUAAUUCUUACAUUUCUAAUCAGACUGAUGUUAAGCACAUCAUCAACUUUUUAGUCUUGAUUACAGACAUCUUGAUUCCAUUAAUGUGUAAAGAAAGCUUCUGUUGUCUUGGAGUUGAAGUGAACAUCUGACUGACAUUGACCAUGAGUACUAGUUAGCCCUGCCUCUUGAGUUACUUCAGUAGUUUUAAGAAACCGACUGAGAGGACCCUCUCUUCAAACUAGGAGAGUGGGUUCACAUUUGAACUACUGGGAAAACUGUAGCAGUUUCCACAUCCCUGUUCUGCAGGAAGUUAUAUGUGGAGAACACCUACAUUUCAUGCAGACUUUUCAUAAAUAUUAUUAUUAUUAUUAUUAUUAUUAUUAUUAUAGUGCUAACUGCUGUGAUGUUAUGUAUAUGGAUGUUAUGACAGCUGGAGCUAAUGAUGGUAGUUGACCAAAAAAAAAAAAAAACCUUAGCUGUGAAACAAUGGUUAACUAAAUGAGGCUCAAGAUUUCAGUUGAUAACUUGAUGUGAAGAUGGACAUUGCAUUUCCACAAAAUUAUGAAGAAGCACAGUAAAACGCUUUUCUCAACCUAGCAGGUAAAUGUGAUCUUACAUUAUCAGCCAUAUAUAUAUAUUUUUUUUUUCAAAUGCUACUUUCAUAAGCUUUUCUGUUUAUGAAAGUUAAACUUUCAGUAGCAAAGGAUUCUGAAAGUAUGGACUAUGUAUAUGUUAUAGUACAGCCAAAACUAUUUUCUUUGGCAAAAUGUAUAUAUGUAAAUGCACUCACUGUUUCAUCUAUAAAUAUUUAUUGCCUUUCAUGAGGAGAUAAAUACAGAUGUGUAUUUUAAAACAAUUUUUGUCAUUCAAAAUCUGAUCCACUUAUUUAAUAAUAAAGCACGAUGCCUGUGAUCAUGACUGGUAUUGUUAGUAAUCUAGUAAUAUUUCUAAGGAAUGCACCGCAAGAUUCUCGCAAAAGUCUUCCACACAGCAAUAGACCCAAGAUGCUCCAACUGUACAUGAGCAUGAUUGUGAGCACAGUCUACUGUUUACUUAAAUGCUAAAAAAGAUGUAAAAAAAGUCAGCAGGGGGGAGGGCAGCAGUGGUGGCUUGAUGGAGGCAGUGGUGGCUUGGCGGUUAAGGCUCUGGGUUACUGAUUGGAAGGUUGGGGGUUCAAGCCACAGCACUGCCAAGCUGCCACUGUUAGGCCCUUGAGUAAGGCCCUUAACUCUCUCUACUACAGCAUGAUACGCUGUAUCAUGGCUGACCCUGUGCUCUGACCCCAACUUCCUAUGCUUCCUGGGAUAUGCAAAGAAAAGAAU